AUGACUACCGAUCCACAUCAAUCAGCUCGGGAAACAGAAGAAACUUUUGGUAGACGUCCAUCAUUCCAAGAGUUGUUGAGCACAUUAUCUCCGCUUGAUAUACCCCCAAGAGGUUUCUACCGUUACCGGAAUCUACCCCCGAAUGUGCUGCCCCCUGAUGCAGUCAGACCUGCAAUCCAUUUUAAGUUUUCCGAUAUUAUCCGCCACGCGAUCCGAUGCGAAAGAUUCAAAAAGGGAAUAUUCAUCCGCUAUAGGGGGAUCUUCCAAUGUCGAGAUGGGAUCUUUGCUAAGCAUAUGCUAAAGAUUUUUCUUACUUCGCCCGUGUUCAAGGUCAGAGAAAAAAGGGUCUUCGAAGCCUGUUUACUUGCCAUCGAGAGGAACCUGUAUAACUCGACUCUUGUUGCGGUUAUGAGAAGGAUUUUUCGCGUGCCGCCGAAGAAAGCACCUUUCCGUGGAAGAAAGCCAUUUCGCGAGUUGGUUGAGGUUUUCAAGAGGUAUGGGUUGGGAAAUCACGAUCCUUGUCUGUCAGAGACUGCUCGUUCCCAUCCACAAAUACUACUCGACGAACUGCCUUCUUUUGAGCUUGCCGAUGAUGAGCAGUCUUGCUUCGAACUCUCCCAUGAUGAGCAACCCCCUGUUGAACAAGUCGUCACCGAAGAGCUUAACCAAUUUUCCAUAGACGACUAUCCACCAAUAGUCCCUGUAGCUGUAGUUUUCGAACCAAUGGUUGAUUACUCUACGGUUUCUUGGGAUGAUUCGGAAGGUGAAAAUCAGCCUGACUCCAAUCUUCCUACACCACCACCGUCCCCUAGGUCACCACCGGAGCCAAACCAGUCUGCCCUUACCACUCCCAAUACAGAGGCACGGGACAUCAUACCUCCUAGCGGGGGUGAAGUUAGUAGCAAUGAACCCGCUCGUAACAGUCCGGAAACUAGUGAUAGUACACUACUCACUGAAGAAGAGCAGCCUAAUCAGCCCAACUCUACCAAUCGCUCUACACCAACACCGGAGCAAGACGAGUCUGUCUCUACUUCCCCCCAUACAGAGCAACAGGACAACAUACGUACUACCGGAGGUGAAACUAGCAGCAACGAGCCUGCUCGAAAUGAUCCGGGAGAAGAGCGUUCUGCCUCUCCCAGCCAAAAUAGAGAAACACAGGACGACACAGCUACAAGCCAAGACGAACUUAACAGCAACGAGCCCCCUCGUAGCACUUCGCAAACUGGCGAUCCUACACCAUCGGAACUCGAACUGUCUGCCUCUAUUACUCACAAUACAGAGACAGUGGACGAAGAAGUACUUGCCAGCGAAGGGGAACUUAGCAACAACGAACCCGCUCUUGAUACUCCGGAAGCUGGCGAUGCUAUACUAUCAGAACAUGAAGAGCAGCCUGACCAGUCUGACUCCACCAAUCUCCCUGCAACACCGCCGGAAGAAGGGCAGUGUGCCUCCACCGGUCUCCUUACACCACCACCGGAUCCGGAUCUACAACCGGAACAAGAUCAGUCAGCCUCCACUACCCAUAGUACGGAGACACAGGCAGCAGAAGAGCAGUCAGCCUCUAUCACUCACAACACAGAGACACACGAAGACGUACCUGUUAGCAUAGGCCAACAGAGUAUCGACGACUCUGCUCGCAACAGUCCGGAGCCUGGUGAUCGCGACGCCGAAACAGCAGGGGAUGAUGCGGACCAGCUCACGCACGCACGAGAGGGUGGUUGCCAACAUAAUUCUGGAGGUUCUGACGCAGGCAACUCUCGCAGCCCUUCGGGGGAUCGCUCUCGUGACAACGUCGACCGGUCUGCACAUUCACCCGUGGAAGAAGAUGAUGCGUAA